CUGGAGGAUGGCCCACGAAGUCUCCCUCCCGACGGGGCAGCAGCAGGGAGACGGCCUUCGCUAUCUGUCCGUCGUGCAACUGCUCUUCAUCUCCUCCAUCCCCCUCAUGAACCUCACAGCGCCCUCCCACCCUGCAUACUAUGGCAUCCCCUGAGCCGCUUCUGUCCCGCCCCUUCUGGAAAGUGACCAACACCCUGGCGCUCCCGAUUCGAAGUGACGAGGACGGCGACGGGGUUCCCUCCCUGCGCUCCAUCGUCUCCCUGUCUCUCCCUGUCACCAUCUUUCUCGACGUGCUACUGGGGGAGGUGGCGACGAGCACCACCAGCAGAAGUCUCGGGGAGGACCAGGCGGGGAUCUUCCGAGCCCUAGAGGACUCCCUAGCUGGUGUAGGUGUGGAUGGGAGGGCGUGUCUUCUCCGUCUCAUCUGCCACCUACAGACCAGACCCAUCGGGCAGUACACAGUAGUGGGGGAGGUGCUGAUGCUACUGUUUACCAGACCAAAACGCGAGACCAGUGACUUCCUGAAGGAGUACCAGGAGGCUGAGAUGGCGGGGCUGGACGGCGCUGACUGCUCUCUGCUCUACCCCUCCUGCCCCUUCUCACUGCCACCUUCCCUGCUGCCCGCUCUGUACGAGGACUCCCCAAGCGGUCCCAGCAAGUACCCCAGUCAUUCUCGUGAUCUCGCCCUGCCCGCCAUGGUCUUCAACUGAUUCAUCCGGCAGGAAGAGGACCCCGUCACGUGAACCAGUCAGGGUAUAUUAGGGGUGAGCCAUUACGCUGCUACUGGUGGUAAGGCUAUGCAGUGGCCAGGGCUUGUGACGUAUGCUGUCAUUAUUAUGCUGUAUUAUGCUGCUACAUACUUUGGUCUGAAAGUAAAAAUGAGAAAAUGCUA